GCCUUGUCCGGACCCCACCUCUCUCUCACUCGCUCACCCCCGCUUUUGUGAGAUCGAGUCGUUGGGAUCUUUUGGGUAUAAGUACCACCCCGUCCUACUCCUCCAAACUCGUCCUCAACCAAACAACUCCUCACACGACAAAGCAAUACCAAACAAAACAAGAUGUCCUCCCAAAAGAUCCCUUCCAAGCACACCGCCGCUGUGGUCAAGAACCCCGGUGAGAACUGCAAGAUGGUCAUCGAGGAGAUCGAUACCCCCAAGCCUGGGCCUGGACAGGUGUUGGUCAAGGUUACGCACUCGGGUGUUUGCCACACCGACGCCCACUUGAUGCGCGGAGACUGGUCCGCCGCCGGCGCCGACAUGCUCUGCCAAGUCGGCGGCCACGAAGGCGUGGGCUCCAUCGUCUCCCUCGGCCCCGACGUCCAAAACUGCGCAGUCGGCGACAAAGUCGGCAUGGCCUGGAUCCGCCAAACCUGUGCCGUCUGUACUAUGUGCAUGGGUAACGGUACCGAAACCCGUUGUCCCAACCAGUCCAACCACGGCCGUGAUGCGGACGGGAGUUUCCAGCAAUACGCCAUUGUUCCGACGAAUUAUUUGAUUAAGGUCCCUGAGGGGAUCGAUGAUGUUGAUGUUGGGCCUGUGCUUUGUGGUGGUGUUACGGUUUAUAAGGCGUUGAAGGUUAGUGAGGCGAAGCCGGGUCAGACUGUUGCUAUCAUUGGUGCUGGUGGUGGGUUGGGACAUUUGGGUGUGCAGUAUGCUCGUGCGAUGGGGCUUCGCGUUAUUGGUAUCGACGGAGGCGAGGAUAAGGAGAAGCUUGCGAAGAAGUUGGGUGCGGAGGCUUUCGUUGAUUUUACCAAGACCAAGGAUGUGGUGGGUGCUGUCAAGGAGAUCACGGGUGGGAAGAUGUGUCAUGCCGUUGUUGUCGUCGCUGCGUCCGCUUCGGGGUACGCCACUGCUCCCCUCCUCUGCGGCAAGAAUGGAACCAUGGUCGCUGUCGGUCUUCCUGGAGGCCACGUCGAGAUCAAGAUCACACCCAUGACGCUCUUCGCCAACGGUACUCGCAUCGUUGGAUCCAAUGUCGGUACCCGUGGUGACAUGGAGGAGGCUUUGGACUUUGCGGCUAGGGGUUUGGUUAAGCCUACUGUUGCUGUUCACAAGUUGUCGGAGCUCGAGGAGACGCUUGAUGAUUUGAUCAAGGGUAAGAUCUCUGGUCGUGCUGUUAUUGACCUUUGGGCUUAAGCUGGCCAUGGGAUCUUCUUGAGGAUUGAAGAGAGCUGCGGGCGGCUUCUUGUAAGAUGAGAUAAGAUUGUCGUGUAUGAGUAUGUGCUAUCUGUUUCUUUUGGAUUUUUGAUACCCCGUGUUACCAAUACCAUGCAUUUCUUAUUCAUCUUGUCAUUCUAUUCCUCUGCUACAACUUAUGUGAACCACCAAGAAUUGCUUUGUCAUGCUCCCCAAUCGCAAUGAUCUUCUUCGUCUCUGCAUCCCUGAUUGUACAUCGAUACAGCGUCAUCCGUUUACUGAUACUCACCACCUCCGUCUCAAUUUGAAUCUU